ACCCUUGCUGCUAUUAGUAGAUGACCUUCGGUAGCAGCAGGUGAUAUCCCUAUACAUUCGUGCAGUGUUGCCAAUACCAAUAUUCUUAAAACCCGCCAGCACAUGUCUGCUGGUCGAAACGAUAUUUAUUUGCAGGGCUAUUAUCGCUUUCUACUCGCUCCAUCCGGACUGGGUGACGCUCCCGUCCUUGAUAUAGACAUAGAUGUAGCUGGAGGCGUGGCCAGGGCAGCUCCAGACGAGCUUGGUGGAGUCGCCAGAGGCCUCGCGGGACGACGGCUGGCCCAGCAGGCUGAUGACGGAAGCCUCAGAGUCGCCGGCGCUGAUAGAGUCGACCUUUUGCUUGAGAGCGCUGUGGGCGGGGCUAGAGGACAUGGCGGCGUGUAUUUAGUGGAGAAAUAGUGGAGACAAGAGAUUAGAUAGGAAUAGUCAAUCAGCAAGACCACACAGCCAGUCCUUUUAUAUGCCACGGCCGGCCAGCUCUGCCCAGGAAUAGAACGCAC